GCUAGAAUUUGUUGUCUAUUUAACAACCUCCUAAGUAAACCAUUGAAAUAAACGAAAAUAAUCACAUCAACGUAACAAGGAAAAAAGAAGUAGGGAGAUUCUCAUUUUGAUUCAUCUCUGAAUCAUGGAUGGUUUACCAAGAAAAAAACAGAAGCAUGUAAAUGAUCACCUAAACUCAUCUUCCAUCAUAAAUGUUUUACCUUUGGAUCUCCUAAACGAGAUUCUCUUCAGAUUGGAACCCAAAUAUCUAGCGAUGCACAAAUAAAUAUUUCCAAUCGUAUCUAUCUGACCCGAAAUUCAAAAAAUACACUUUUUGGGCCAGACCCAGUUUCUUUAACAUCUCCGUUUUUGGCUCAUGUCAUAUCUUUUGCCAGCCUUUGGUCUCUUCGUGCGACUCUAUGUCACUAGGAAAAAAACACAAAUGUUCUAAGUGUUGAGCGAUGUUACAUACUUGGCUCAUGCUCCGGCCUUCUUCUCCUAUCACACAUCGGUCGCCUCUUCAUCGCAAAUCCGGUAACAAAAAAGUUUCGAUUUCUGGAUGACUCUGGGUCAAAGCUUAUACCUACGAUACCUGAUCAUAAGGACAGAGCGAUGUGUGUUGGUUUUGCGGUAAAUCGAAAUCGAACCACUAUGAGAUUCAAGAUCGUUUGCAUACUCGAGAUGCAAACGGUCUACAAAUUCGAGAUCAGCGACGGAUAUUCAUGGAGAUUAUCGGAAACGACCAUCACCCCUAGCUCAAAAAGUGAUCUCAUGACGCGAAUGAAACCUGUUUACUUGGACAACACUCUUCAUUGGUUGAGAAAUGAUGGGAGCAUCAUAGCUUUUAAUCCCGAGACAGAGCAAGCACGAUUGAUUCCUUCCAGAUUCAGAUUCGAUGAUAAUUAUAUGGUCAUAAAACCAUUAUUUGCAGCAAACGAAGAUAUCAACCGCCUGACUUUGAUAUCAAUGGCGAUAAAAAGAAUCUCAGUUUACACACUACUCCAGGAUUCGAAGUGGGCUCUCGCCAAGCGGAUCAAGUACAUAUCUACGGACAGAAGAGAGAUUAUAGCCUCGGAUGUGGUUGCGUACGAUGGCAAGUGUCUUGUGUUGAGGCAGAUGAAGAAAGACGAUCCUCAUUGGAGAAGUGUGGUUCAUGUGUACGACAUGGAAGCUAACUGUUGGAGAGGGCUAGGGGCCAUAUGUCAGUAUGCUAUCGUCUACGAGUUGUAUAAGAUUACCCCCUCUUUGUUCUUUGUCGAAGAGGAUGAUGAGAAGCAGAAGGUCGUUGUAGCAUCUAAUCACCAACACAUGUACCUAACCUCGGUUUUGGGAGCCAUUGAUACCACCAACUAUGGCGCCACUUACAUCUUUUGCCAGCCUUUGGUCUCUUCAAGAGAUUCUAUGUCACCGGGAAAUGAAGUGAACUUGUUUAGAGAGCCAUGUUACAUUUUUGGCUCCUGCUCCGGCCUUCUCCUACUAUAUAUUGGUGGCCUCUUUGUCGUUAAUCCCCUCACAAAGAGGUUUCGACUUUUGGAUCGCUCUGGCUCAAAGCUUCUGCCUAUAAUAGUUGGUGGUGAUCGUAACGUUGCUGGUACGGAAAGAGCUAUGUGCGUCGGUUUCACGGUAAAUGGAAACCGAACCACUAAAAGAUUCAAGAUUGUCUGCAUACACGAGAUGGAAACGGUGUACGCAUUCGAGAUCAGCGACGGAUAUUCUUGGAGAUUAUCGGAAACGACCAUCACCAAUAGCUCAAAAAGUGAUCUCACGGUGCAAAUGAAACCUGUUUAUGUAGACGACACUCUGCAUUAGUUGAGAAACGAUGGGAGUAUCAUAGCGUUUAAUCCCGAGACAGAGCAAGCACGCUUGAUUGCUUCCAUAUUUCAUCAAAAACCAGAGAUGAAACUGUUUUCCGCUGCAGACGAUAAGUUGAAUCGCUUGACCUUAAUAUCGGGGACGGGAGAAGAAAUUACAGUUUAUACACUACUCGAAAAUUCCAAAUGGACCCUCGCCAGGCAGAUCAAGAACGUAUCUAUGAAGGAAAGUGAACUUGUAUGUUGGAACAUUGUUGUGUACGAUGGCAAGAAUCUAGUGGUGAGGGAGAUGAAGGAUAGAUUAAAAGGUGUGGUUCAUGUGUACGACAUGGAGGUUAACAGUUGGGGAGUUAUAGGGUCAACCACAUCUUGGUCCACUCGCGUCCCAGACUUCUAUAAAUUUACGCCCACCUUGUUCUUUGUCGAGGAAGAUGAGCAGCAUAAGGUGGUUGUAGCUUAUAAUGACCAACAUGUGUCCUAUCUAACUGCGAUUAUGGGACUCGUUGAUACGACCUAGUUAACAAUCUCAUUUAUGACAUUAUGAACCAAAUAUCUGCAACUAUCAUGCACUAUCUUGAAUUCAUUCACAGUUCAGCUUUUGAUGUGUGAUAAUAAGUUGUAUAAACAAUGAGAAAAUUUUGUCAGAGC